CCUUCGCCACAUCCGUUCUUCUUCUUUGGUUAUCAUGGAUAAAACUGAUAAGAAGAUGCCAGGCUCUCCUCCGGGACCAAGAGGACUCCCAAUACUCGGGAUGUUGCCGUUCAUGAUGUCAUAUCCGGAACGAUUAAUGGCAGAUUGGAGUAAAAAACAUGGACCAGUAAUUAUGGUUAAAAUGGGACCAAAGAACGUUGUUAUCCUCGGCAGCUCGGACGCAGCUCACGCCGCUUUCGUCAAGAACACUCACCUGGCGAAUCGACCACAGGACGGNCUCGAGAUCUUUGCCGGCGGGAAAGGAAUCCUCUUCAUCAACUCAAGUAUGUUCCAUUCAGAACAGCGAAGGUUUUGCUUGUCGGCUCUUCGUGAGUUUGGUAUGGGACGCAGGACACUAGAGCCGAAGAUCGUGGAUUGCGCCGCCAUGUUGUGUGACCAAAUUGAUGACGUGUGUGGUGAUGACGUCAGCACAGGUCCUAUACAGAUAGAGCAGAUGAUUUACGUCACAAUGUCCAAUGUGAUAUCACACCUAGUGUUCGGCCAUGACAGUUUGAACGAUAACAAGGGGUUAUGUGAAUUGCUUCUCCGUACAAUUGAACCCAACAAGUACAAUGCAUUGGCUGGCAUCCUUAUGUUUCUACCUUCCCUCAAGAAUGUACCACCCUUCAGUACCACCACUAGGCGCGCUAUAGAGUUCAGGGAGGAUUUGCACCGUUAUAUAAAAAUGGAAAUCGACCGACACCGCGCAUCGAGAGACCCCAACCAACCGCGUGACUUUAUUGAUAAAUUUCUCAACGAAAUUGAGAAAAUAAAAGUGCGACACAACAGCAACAACAACAAUAAUAACAACUUAAUUCUUAACAAUAACGUAAAAGACAAACAUCUUUUGCACCCUAACUACUCCCACCAACUUCAUUCGCAUCACCAUGGCAACCACCACCAUGGCAACCAUCAUCAUGGUAACCAUCAUCACAGUAACCAUCACCACGGUAACCAUCAUCACAGCAACCACCACCACCACCGUCCUCGAAAAUCUUCCGGUCGUUCCCCGCGUCGCAGAGGCUCAAAAUCCCGCCGAAAAAUCGCCGGAGCGUCGUUCUCAGAAGAUCAACUUAUUCCUCUGGUUCGCGACCUUUUCAUGGCAGGAACUGAUACGUCAUCAACUACUAUAACAUGGGCCGUAAUCUUCUUAGCCAGUUUUCCGGAUGUGCAAACUCGGCUUCAUGAGGAAUUGGAUUCGGUUCUCGGACAAAGUAGGACGCCGAGUGUUUCUAUGGAAGACAAGAUGCCUUAUAUGCGCGCGGUGAUACAGGAAACAUUUCGCAUGCGACCGCCGCUUCCACUCUCCGUUCCUCAUGUUGCGCAAUGCAAUACAACGUUGAUGGGAUACCGUGUACCUAAGGAUUCAAUCAUUCUCACUAACACGUGGGGAAUUCAGAACAACCCCAAGUUUUGGGUCGACCCUGAUACUUUUAAACCUCAGCGCCAUAUUGACGAUCUUGGUAAAUUCAUCAAAAGUCCUAAUGUCAUUCCUUUUAACAUUGGGACCCGCAACUGCCUCGGUCAGCAACUUGCUAAGAUGGAGUUGUUUAUCACUAUUGCUUCUCUCUGUCGACGAUUCUGGUUCACACUACCGACCGGGGAAACCCCUGACUUGAAAGGCGAAAGCACUUUCAUUUUAAGACCUUUUCCUUUCAACGUGGUUGCUACAAAGAGAGUUUAAAGCUGUUCAAAUGAUCAAUAGCCACUUCUUUAUUUUGUAAUAAAUUUCUUGUGAUUAGAAUGCAAGUAGAAUUAGAAAGUCUCUAACAAGUU